AUGCCAUCCUUGCCUAAUGAGGGAGAUAACCAUGGAUCUGCACCUCUGACUUUGAGUUCGGAACUACCUUAUCAAAGCACAAUUAAAAGAAAAGCCAGAAAGAAGAAAAAUGGAGUCAUCACUGCAAAUGUUGCUGGCACAAAAUAUGAAAUUGUACGUGUAGUAAUACGAGAAAUGGGAUUUGUGACAACACGUGAUGAAGAUGAAACAGCUAAUCUUAUAUGGAGUGAUUCUGCUGUGCAACAAGAAAAGAUUGCUGAGCUUCGGAACUACCAGAGAAUCAACCAUUUUCCAGGAAUGGGAGAGAUCUGCAGAAAGGAUUUUCUUGCAAGAAACAUGACUAAAAUGAUCAAGAGUCAGCCUCAGGAGUAUAGUUUUAUUCCUCGGACAUGGAUCUUCCCUGCAGAAUACACACAGUUUCAGAACUAUGUGAAAGAACUGAAGAAGAAACGUAGACAGAAGACUUUCAUAGUCAAACCAGCUAAUGGUGCCAUGGGGCAUGGGAUCUCUUUAAUAAGAAAUGGAGAAAAGUUACAAGCUCAGGAUCACUUGAUUGUUCAGGAAUAUCUUGACAAACCGUUUCUGAUGGAAGGCUACAAGUUUGAUUUACGUGUCUAUAUUCUUGUAACCUCCUGUGAUCCAUUAAAAGUAUUUUUAUAUCAUGAUGGACUCGUAAGAAUGGGCACAGAAAAGUAUCAUCCUCCCAGUGACUCAAAUUUGAGUCAAUUGUAUAUGCAUCUGACUAACUACUCUGUCAAUAAACAUAAUGAACACUUUGAACGGGAUGAAACAGAAGACAAAGGAAGUAAACGCUCCAUAAAAUGGUUUACUGAGUUUCUAGAAACAAAUAAUCUCGAUGUCUCCAAAUUCUGGAGUGAUAUUUCAGAGUUAGUAGUGAAGACUCUCAUAGUUGCAGAGCCACAUGUUCUUCAUGCUUAUCGCAUGUGCAGGCCAGGGCAAGCACCAGGAAGUGACAGUGUCUGCUUUGAAGUCCUUGGAUUUGAUAUUCUGCUGGACAGAAAACUAAAACCAUGGCUCCUAGAGAUUAAUCGCGCCCCGAGUUUUGGAACUGAUCAAAAAAUAGACUAUGAUGUAAAAAAAGGUGUUCUGCUAAAUGCAUUAAAGCUUCUCAACAUACGGACAAGUGAUAAAAGGAGAAAUUUAGCUCAACAGAAGGCUGAGGCUCAAAAAAGACUGUAUGGUCAAGGUUCAAUGAAAAAAUUGUUGCCAGGCUCCUCAGAGUGGGAGAAGCAGCGUCACACACUGGAAAGGAGAAAAGAAGAACUGAAGGAAAGACUUGCACAAGUACGUAAACAGAUUUCCAAAGAGGAGCAUGAAAAUAGACACAUGGGGAACUACAGGCGAAUUUACCCUCCUGAUGAUAAGACACUACUUGAAAAGUAUGAGAGUUUGUUAGCCACUGCUUUCCAGACGUUUCUUGCUGGGAGAGCAGCUUCACUUCAGCGGGAAAUGAAUAACCCUUUAAAAAGAAUGAAGGAGGAGGACAUUUUGGAUCUUCUGGAGCAGUGUGAAAUAGAUGAUGAAAAGCUAAUGGGAAAAUGCAGCAGGCAACGAGGACCUAAGCCUUUGUGUUCAAUGCCAGAAACUGCACAGCCCUUAAGAAAAUUUAAGAACUACAUUAGUGAUAGUAGCUGUGAUAGCAGCAGCAGUAUGUCAGAAUCGGGAGAAGAAACUGAAAAGGAAGAUCACAACGAAAAAAAACAGAAAAAGGUUUCAUAUGAUCUUGAAGAAAAUAAAUGCAAAUCUUUGGAGCGAUCAGGUAGAAUGAACUGGAAACCUUCAAUUAAAAAUAUAAAAUCUCCAUCAUAUUCACCUCCCACAUCAUCCACAGGUCCAAUAAGGCGUUCUGUAAGCUGCCCUCGUUCAAUAUCAAUAUUGACUAUGCAGUCGCAGGCAGCUGAGCAGCGUCCUUUUUCAGCCAAAGCAUCUCUGAAAAUCCAGCGUGCAUCUUCAGUGAAUAGGUCUCAUUCUUUAAAUCGUAGCCCAUCUUCAGCCAGAGUCUCUCAGACAUCCAGCUUGGGAACUAUGAGCUCUUCAGGGUCAGCUAAUAGAAUUGGAAAGACAUUAAGAUUGUGUCUUCACCGCAACGUGUUAAAGAGUGAGUCUUUGCUGCAGCAGAAAACAAAAGAGCAAGAAGUUGCUUUGACGAAAGAGACUCUUCUCAUUAUCAGUGACAUGAGAAUUAAAUUCCCAGGAAAAACAGAUGAGGAAUCAGAACUAAUUAUAGAAGAUAUUAUGGAUAAUUGGAAGCAUCAUAAAACAAAAGUGGCAUCCUAUUGGUUGGUAAAACUGGAUUCUGUUAAGCAACGGAAAGUUUUGGAUAUAGUCAAGACAAGUGUUCGUGCAGUUCUACAGCAUGUCUGGAAGGCUCCAGACGUUGAAAAUUUACAUUUGUACCGUCUCUUUAACCGUGUAUUUAAUCGCUUACUUUGGAGCCAUGGCCAAGGCCUUUGGAACUGUUUCUGUAAUUCAGGGAACUCUUGGGAAACCAUAUUCAGUAAAAGCUCAGAGGUGGUGACUCCUGAGCAACUCCAAUGUUGCCAACGAAUAGUACAGCUUUGUAAACACUGCCUGCUGGUGGUUUACAAGUAUUCAUCAGAUUCAAGAGGAUCCCCAACUGGGAUUAGCCCUCACUGGGAUGGUACAAGGUAUUUAUUGCCAGGACCUUCACUGUUCAUUGUGAAAUCAUCCUCGUCCAGCCUUAGUGGUACUUCAUCUGGAAUGCCUCGCCCUAACAUUUUGUUCACACACAGAUACAGUCACUUGUGAAUUAAAAAGGAAAGCUGCUGUUCCUUUGUAAAAU